AUGGACUACGCCUUCCAUGAUGACAUAAUUCCCUAUACUUCCAAGAAUGCUCUUCCUUUGAGAAACGAAUACUUCGAGGAAUUUCUGCGCUUUGAUCCAAGCAGAGAACCUCAUUUUUGCCCAACUGAGCGUUUGCAGGGGUGGUUAGAGGCUCGGCAAUCUAGCUUGGAGAUGAAGACUGUGCAUCGGGAGACCACAGAAGGUGUUCGUGUCACCGUGGUUCCCUUUCUCAUGGGACAGCGCAAGUUCCGUGUAAGUCGUUGCCGUCGUAUGAGGUGGUACUCGGAGAAGACGCUAAACUACUACUGGCGUUAUCUGAUUCGACUAGAGAAUUUUACGGACGAGUGUCUGCAACUGCGAGAACGCUUCUGGAAGCUCUUUUCCAUCAACGGUAGUCUCGAGUCCGUCUCCGGCAAAGGCGUUGUCGGUGUGCAACCUCUUCUGUCUGUACAGAGCCCAGUUUUUCAGUAUCACAGCCACGUCCAGGUGCCCGUUCCAUGGGCGCACAUGUGGGGCCAAUUUAGGCUGGAGAAGCCCAAUGGGACCACGGUUGAUGUUAAAAUACCUGUCUUUCCGCUCUGUGUUAAUGAUUUUCAGGAGGACCAUGGUAGUGCCACUACUGAUUCUGGUGACAGCACAAAGUGA